AUGAAUCCAGGUAAUCCGACUUCUGGAUUAUGGAGAAAAUUUAAGCAAUUCUGGUUGAAUGCUAAAAAUGAAUAUUUGGAAUGGGAAAGACAACAACUGAACGAGCCGUCGACUAAUUUGAGAGAAACUCAAGAUAGAAACUCAAUAACCAAAAAACCGGAUGUACAGUUUAUCCCACCCCCUAAUCCUUCUUCUAAAAAGAGAAAAAAGCGGCAUGUAUCUGAAGACUCUCCCAGAAAAACUCUAGCAAGAGGUCAUACCCCGAAACAGCAGACAUCCAACAAGAUUGAUGUCAAAUCAGAACCGACUUCACCAAAUAAACGUAUUCAUCUUGACCUCAAUAAUGAUGAUUCUUUUGAUGCUCCUUUCCUAACCCCUAUGAAUGAUUUAUCACCUUCACGUUCGCGAUUCCAUCCACACCGACAACCCUUACCAUCUUCAUCUUUGCAUGCCUCCGGAUUUUCCAUUCAACCCAGGAUUCCUUCUCUUUCUUCUCCAUCUCAAUUUCAUUUUCAUGAUCCUCCAACACAAACGGAUCCUCCUUUCCCUACUUCAUCUCCGAAAACUGCUACACAUACGAAUUCCGAAUCAUUGGUUCUUUUUCAAAGGCUUGAAAGUAUCGAAUCUAUGUUACAUAAUUUACAGGAUAAAUUAAACAACUACGAACGAAAUACUAGCGCAAGCCCUCUUUUGUUUGGACCACCAAAUGGCAGGUCUUCCCCUUCGUUACCGAACUUCCCUAGCCAUUCGACUCCUCUCCCUUCAGCGCUCUCUCAGCAGCAGGACUCGAAUCUUCAAAGAAAUUUCCUAAAUUUCUCAUCCGGCAGGAACGAAAUUUCUGGCUCAGUCGAAGAGAAUCGUGAAGUGAAAAAGAAUGGUAAGGAACUUUACGAACUCAGUAGUGAAAGCUCAUCUGAAUCUGAAGAUUCCUUAAUCUUGGAAGAAUUUUCUGAGUCCCGUGCAUUCAAUUCCCCAAAAGCCACCCAAGACAACAAUUUGCAAACGCUGGACGCAAAGAAAGGAACUGGGAACAAUGUAUCUUAUAAUAUAUCUGCCUCUUCAACGCUUGGAAAUCAGAAUGAACCUUCAAAUCAAAACAUGUUUGAUACUUCUACUCCGAUUUCCAAUCGGACAGCAGCAUCUGCUGAUAAACAUACGGAAAUGAAAAAAGAGACGCCAGAUUUGUCAAAUAAUAAAGAUACCAUCUUAGCUGGUGGAAAUACGGAAAUGGCUCAGCAUGAACCACUCAAGGAGCAACCAGCUGGUUCAAGCUAUAUAGACACUAAAAAUGAUUCUGCUGACCAUCGUCAGAAAAACAACAAGAGUGUUCCAACGACAGGAAUAUCUAACGAAAGGCCAGACAUUAGCACAACCAUGUUUGAACAAUUAACACCCAUCCCUAAAACAUCAUGGAGUCGCUACAGCCAGAAACGAGAAGUUCCAAAUACGGUGGUCGAACAUCCAAGAAAAAGCCCUUCCAUAAAUAGCCAGACUCAGUCACCAAGGCAGGGGCAAGAAAGUACAAGUAACGAUAUUGAACAUACAAAAGAGGCACUUGCAAGACUUCGAUCAAAAAUGCAAGAACGUUUGAAGAGACGCAAUUCUGAAAGGAAAAAUCAAACACAAGAGUCUCAUCGCGGGCGAUGA